ACGGUCAGUUUUGGCACCCAGGAGGCAAAAACAAUUAAAUAUCCGAACUAAAUUGAAACAAAAAGUGAAACAGAAGAGAGGAGAAAAAAUUCAGAUUUCAGUUGAUGCUGAAUUGUUGAGUCAAACGCGUGGAUUCCUCUAGAAUAGCUCGACAUUAUCGUUUACUAAAAGAAACCUGAAUAGAAUAUUUAAUUGAAUUUAUAAAUAUUGAAACCAAAUAAAAAGAGUGAACAAUUCGUGUGCAAUUCAUAAAAGUGAUUAAAAGAAUCUCGGAAGUCUUGCUGACUUUCAUGUGUGAUGCUAAAAAGCAAUUGAAAAAAAAAAAGAGAAAUAAAACAAAUAAUUGCUCCAAGGACGGAAGAUAAAUCACAAAGAAUUACAAUGAUAAUAGAAGUGAUGACAAUAAAGAAGCAGCAAACAGUUGCUCAUCAUACAAUCUGCGUACUGGUUAUUGUAUGUCUCCUGUCAUUGGAGAUAAAUGCAGUAGAAGAAGAGAUUUUGGAUAAGAUUCAACUGAAUGUUGAAGGUGCUGAGAGGACAGUGGAUGACAAAUCGAAUGAAAUAAUUCAAAGCAGCAAAGAAAUUGUAAAUAGUGAUAAAUCUGAACAGACAAUUCAGAGACCACGAAUCUUUAAAGCAUCAGACGAAGAAGGCUUAGGAAUGGAUUCGCUAACAAUCAUUUGGUACUUAACGACCUUCACCGCAUUGUUUGGGUUUUUUAUUGUAAUGGCAUGCACAGAAAAAACAUGCGGACGAAAUGCCCCUAAGCCAACAGAGCGGACGUGUCCGCCAACACCUUGUCCAAGUUACAAACAUUUUGCACCACCAAGUUAUGAUUCAGUGAUGAAAAAGUACAAAAAUCCGCGAGUUUUUAUCGUGCCGGUUCAUGAAAAUAACAACUUUUUUAAUCAAGGCGUGACUGAUAACAAUAUACAAAAUCCAGUUUCAGCGACGACAACAAUUGUUGAUAUCGAAAAGCCUGAAGAGAUAGCAACACAAAAAUAAGCUUCCUAAUACAGGCGAUUAAGAUCUUUAAGACACUUUUAAGAUAUUUUAACAAUUAUUUGCCAUUGAAUUGAAAAUAUUUGCGCGAAAGUUGGAAGUGACUGACGAAAGUCUGUUAUUGGAAUUGAACGACACUUUGUUGUAGUCAACAGACAAAAGAGAAUGACAUAAAUGAAGAUAACAAAGAAUUUGCUUCAAGGUCUAUCGAGUAAUGACCACGCUUGAACUCAAACGCGGAAGACAUUGAGAAACAAUUACGAUGAUGGAUAAAUAGAAUUAACACAAAAAAUAACUCAACUUGAAUGGGAAAAAAACAUUUCAGGAGACUGAAAUCAAUUAAUAAUUAAUUUUCUGAAUAUCAAACAGAAUUCAUUAAUUAUUUUGAUAACAGAGAAUGCAAUGAAGACAUUUACCCCGACAGUUACCUAAUAAUUCAGCAGAAUUAAUUAAAAAACCUUAAAAUUCCCAGACCGUGACAAGACGCUUUCUCUGAAGCGUCUGAAAAUGACAAGAUUUAAAAUAAUUAAAUCGAUUAUGUACCAGGAAUUGCUUAUAAGCAAUAUCAGAUUUAGACGCAAUUGUUAAAAUGUGACGAAUUUUACGUCGUUAAUAUAAUUAAGUUGGAAAUUGAUGGAGCGUUUCACCUAAAAAUUGUUUGUAUUUGAAAUUAAAAGAUCUUGAAAAUUGGUUUCGAUUAUAAUUUAUGAAUGAAUAAAUAUGAAACAAGCGGUCAGACGUGCUUAAGCCAGUAAUGUAUAAAGGUGAUGUAACAGAAAAAUUAAGUUAAAAUGGAAAAAAAGGUCAAAGUUUUAAUUUAAGUCGCACUCCUGAAUUCUCGCUACCUCGGAAAAAAAAUCAUUUUAAUUUACAUAACGACUUAACCUGCAGCUCCAAAAAUCGUAAUUGUGGGUGCAAAAUGUUUCUCUUUAAAAAUGUUUGUAAAGAAUUUAAAUGAGAGCAAUUAGAUUAUUUGAUGUUUAAAAAUCUAAGACUGCAAUUAAUGUUAAAAUUUAAUUUUAUGUACAAAAUUCAACCGUAGGUUAAUUAAUUUCUAGAAAAACAAAAACUAAUAAAACGUUGUUUGAAAUUGAAGGAAGUUGAACUGUAUAAAUUGUGUUUAAAAAUAUCUUGAUAAGUAGAAUACUUAAACCAAAAUGUGGCAAAAAUAUCUGGGCGGAUAAAGUUAAAUUAAUGAAGUGAG